CAAAAUUCUAAUUAGAUGGAAUAUUAGAGUUCCACGAGCAUGGAAUCAGUGCAGGGAAGGAUAAUAGCGUCCAGUGAGGGUGAUCUGGAGGAGAAUCACCCCGUGGCAGCGAGCUUUUCCAGCUCCUCAACGCACUCCGACGAGAUCUCGACUUCCUCAGAAGUCUCGCAGGCCAUCCCGCACGCCCUCAUUCGGGAGCAGUGGCAGUUGGUGCUGGGCCAGGAGGCCUCCAUGGUGGAUCUGCAGAGCGCCAUCGAGCUGUGCCGAAGGCUGGUGCUGGAGUAUGACGAGGGCAGCUUGGAGAGAAAGUGGAUUGUUCGUCAUCUUGUGGAGCUGCGCUUUCGUCUGCGGGAGAUUCAAGAUGUGGUCGAGGAUCCAGAGGGUGUGGCCCCACCGUCAACCAGAGUCAUCCUGGGCCACCACUUCGUCACGCGGCAGUUGCUGAACGUGUCGCAGAAGCAGUUCUGCGAUCACUGCACAGGAAUCAUCUGGAGCGUUGUGCAGGCGUCCUACAUCUGCUCCGAUUGCUCCUUCUGCGUCCACCACAAGUGUCUGAGCAGCGUGCUGAGGGUGUGCGCUCACGUGGUGGCCACGGAUCGGAAGCUGCCCACUGACGAUAUCUGCCCAGAAGUGGGUCUGGCGGAGCAGAAGUACAAAUGCGCAGAGUGCAGCGUUCCGCUCACGUUCACCAGUAAGUUUUCCCUGAUGCCCGAACCUCUCCUGGUUGCAUGCUUCCGGACCAGACCGACGAGGCUCGAAGAGCUUCCAUGGACUGAGGCGCGCCUGUGCGACUACUCAGGACUCUACUUCUGCCCCACGUGCCACUGGAACAACUCCAGCGCCAUUCCCGCCCGGAUUGUGCACAACUGGGACUUCACACCCAGGCGAGUGGGGCGCGCGAGUCUGCAGGAAUUGGUGCUGCUGCACGACAAGCCUGUGAUCAACUUGGAGGAACUCAAUCCGAAACUCUUCGUGUUCGUGCAGAAGCUGGCGCACGUGAAGAAAGUGCGCGUGGAUCUGUUCCACAUGAAGAAGUAUCUCACUGAGUGUCGUCUCGCGGGCGCUGAGAAGCUCCUGGACGCUCUGCCCGGUGCCAGAAGGUAUCUUAUGCAGUCUCCUGAGAUGUACAGCGUGGCGGAUCUCGUGGCGGUGGAAUCGGGAGUCCUGCAGGACUUCCUCACGAAGAUCUACGACUCCUUCGAGCGACACAUCCGCAAGUGCCAGAUCUGCUCCGGGAAGGGCUACUUGUGCGAAGCCUGUGGCAAUAAUGAGGUCAUCUUUCCCUUCGACGACUGCUCAGUGCCGUGCAGAAAAUGCAAUUCCAUCUUCCAUCGCGUCUGCUGGCUGCGCAAAAACCAGUCCUGCAUCAAGUGCAUUCGGCUGGACAAGAGGCGCUCCCAGGAGGACGCCAGCUAGCCUCUGUUUUGUUAAUAAUACAUCUUAUUUCC